UCACAAUUUCUUCUCGCAGCCUAAUUUUUUCUUUGUUGUUCAUAAAGAUGACACUCUCUUUUUGACUAUCAAAAUUUCUUGCUCUAGUGUUUGAUUUCUCCCCAAGCUGCGGCAGUGGGCAUCAAAUGGCUUUCAGCGAGCCUUUCAAGCACCAACCCCUAGACCUCACCAAAACUCAAAUCCGCCUUUUCCGACUAACAACAACCACAACUUCUGGCAGGAGUUUGACAGGGGAAAUAGCCAUCUUUGAUUUCAAAAGCUGCCCCGAAUACAUCGCUGUAUCUUACACCUGGGGACCGCCGAAUCCCACCCGAAAAAUUCUGAUCGACGGACACAGUUUCACUAUUCGCGAGAACUUAUGGCAGUUCAUGGACACCGCAAAGGACUAUCCUAAGUCAUGGCUAUGGAUUGAUCAGAUCUGCAUUGAUCAGUCUACGGUUGACGAGAAGAAUCAUCAAGUCGGCAUGAUGGCGAAUAUCUAUGCCAAAGCAAGUCAUGUCGUGUUAUGGCUUGGCCCUAAGGCAGAUUGGAGUGAUGAGGCAAUACGGGCCAUUCACUUAGAUCUUACGCUUGAUCGACCGUAUCCACCUGGGCCGUGGGAUCACCUGGUUCCCGACCAAGAGACCGCGAUUCAAUACCGAUCAGAACGAGAUUCGCCGUGGCAUCAGCUUAUGCAAAAGGUGCUGCUAGAAGGCCAAGAAAAGCCAAUUCAGGACCUUUUCCGACGACCGUACUGGGACCGGCUUUGGAUCCUUCAAGAGGUGUUGAAUGGGCGAAAUAUCUUGGUAUUCUGUGGCCGAAGUUGCUUUACUUGGCAACAAUUGACGACCAUUUUUACCCCAGGAGCAAAACACAAUGGCACGGAGUGGAAAAUACCAGUACAGAUCCCCGACGUAGUAAUGUCUCUCAUCAAAGAGAAGUCCUUUGGCCAGGGCUCACAUAAUAGACUUGCCUACAUCCUCGACACUUUUGCGCAUUCACAGUGCGAGGAUGUCCGGGACAAAGUCUUUGGUCUACUUAGCUUGGUUCGGGAAUCUGGUGCAAUACCAGUUAACUAUUCUCUAACGCCUGUAGAAGUGUUUUUCAGGGCACUAGAGAGGAUACUCAUGGAUGAAAUGACCUUACAUAUCGAAGAACCUUUCAAUACAGCGCGGAUCCUGAGAGACGAGAUGCUGUUGCAGGAGAUCAACGAUGUGGAAAUCUUUCAAUUUGCCGAGCAGCAACUGAAGAAGAUGAGGCAGGAACCUAAGCGCAAGCAUAGGGUGUCUCUAUUUGCGAAUGAUAUGGAUAAUCAUCAUCUCCUAUGGGCUAUCGAGAAUGAAUACAGUGACAUUGUCAAGUUCUUGGCUGAGAGAGGCGUUGAUCUUGAAAAGAAGAACGGUUUUGGGCAAACACCACUGUUGUUGGCUGCUGAGAGGAAUUUACUCUCCAUGGUUGCCUUACUAGUAGAGUUGGGCGCCAACUUGGAAGCUAGGGACAACACUGGAUCGUCGGCGUUGAUUUUCGCAGCCGUGAUGCAUGCAAGUAUUGUGGAUGAAGACUUUCACUGGGUAGAUACUACUCCUAUCGUGCACCUUCUCCUUGAGAAGGGUGCCAAUCUCAAAGCGAGGAACAACGCUGGACACACUGCACUGUGGUUAGCAGCAUGCAAAUUAACCCCAACAACUCUAAUAACAGUAGAAGGUUACAAAGUAGUGAGUUUAUUGCUUAAAGUGGGAGUGGAGACGAAGAACGAUGAUCAAGAUUAUGAGAAUGAGCAGAUAUCUAUAGCAGCAAGAUAUGGAGAUGAGGCUAUUGUUAAGACGUUACUCAAGAGAGGUGCAGAUCCGGAGGCCAAAAAUAUCCAGGGUGAAUCAGCGCUCUCAAACUCUUAUUAUUAUCAGCAGCCUGCUAUCACCAAGCUAUUCCUUGGAAACAGUAGAAAGAAAAAUGGAAUGGGGCAAAGAGCCAUCAAGGCGGCGUCAGAGGUGUUCAAGCGGUAGUAGCUGUCAAUUUGGAAUGGUGCUAGCUUUAAAUGGCAGGCUUUCUACGUUACAUGUCACCUUGAUUAAGAGCUUCCAUUGACAUCUU